CUCUCUGCUCGCUCGUGCAAAUUAGGAGUCGUGUGCAAAUUAUUUAGGCCUUCCCUGGCACGUUGAGGUCGCUGAUGAAAGGGGAAUCUUGGUGGGAGCAGCUUGGCCCUUCUGGCCUGCUGCGUGGAAGAGUGUUUUCAAAGGAAACAUGGAGAGGAAACUGGAGGGGAACUCUUAAACCAGGGACGUUAUUCUGCUGCCCCAAUCUUUUUGGAAGAUUCGCCACAAGUCAUCUUCCAAAGUAUGAUCCCCAGUUCGAGGCAAUGGAUGACAGUGAAGAUGACUGGCUAUCACUCAAGCCCCAAGAACCACUGACAUCUCAGUGUUGUGGCAGUGGCUGCAAACCCUGCAUCUAUGAUGUAUACCAGAAGGAGAUGGAGCAGUGGGAAGCAGCCAAGGCAAAACAAGACAGAAGCCUCCUGACCAGAAAGAAACCACAAUGCAAGAAUUCAGAACUGGUUCCAGAAACGUUUACAGCUUUCACCAUAAGUUCUGUGGAUCAGCUGACAGAGGACACCUACCAGUAUACAUUUGAAUUGCCUGGGAACAGCAGCUUGGGGUUGAGUUUAGGACAACAUCUUGUGCUAAGAGGAAUAGUGAAUGGUUUGGAGAUUCAACGAGCCUAUACUCCAAUUACUCCUGUGAACACUGAAGGAUACUUUGAUGUUUUAAUAAAGUACUAUGAAGGUGGACUAAUGUCACAAUAUGUAAAAUCCUGGAAACAAGGAGAAUCAGUCUUUUGGAGAGGGCCAUUUGGAGGCUUCCCUUAUAGGACAAAUCAGUAUGGAGAACUUCUUAUGCUUGCUUCUGGUACUGGCCUAGCACCAAUGCUUCCCAUCAUCCAGCACAUAACAGAAAAUGAGAAUGAUGAAACAUUUGUAACCCUAGUGGGCUGCUUCAGAACUUUUGAAAAUAUUUAUAUGAAGACUCUUCUUCAGGACCAGUCACGAUUCUGGAACAUAAGAACAUUUUAUGUUCUAAGUCAGGAACACUCACUAGAAAACCUGCCUUGGAGCUAUCAAAAGAAUACACAUCUUGGCCGGAUAAAUGAGAAUUUUUUAAGAAGUGUGAUGAAGACCUGUAGGAAGCAACCUUUUGUAUUGAUAUGUGGCUCAGUAUCCUUUACUAAUGAUAUGGAGAGAUACUUAAAAGCCAUAGGUCUACAGGAAUUUUCAUAUUUUGUAUUUUAGAAGAUGUUUGUAUCUGCUUAUGUACAGUGAUAAUAAAAAAUAUUAAAUAACACUUUAAA